UAGUCGCAUCGUGCAGCCGGCCGUGAAUUGUUUGUUUCAGCUUGGACGUAUAUUAAAACACUCCUAAAGCAAUCCAAAUACUUCCAGCCACAACACUAGAGGUUGAAACCAAGUCUGAACAAUGAAGGAUCAUUUUCACUGUGUUAGCUGAAGUGAAUGAAUAUUCAGUGACCAUAACAGCGGGGAACUGAAUCCAAUAUUGGAAUUUGAUUGAUAGUGACUCGAGAAAGCCUAAAGUUGGAAAGAAAUUUUGGAGCGAUUGAUACUACUGGCGUUGAGGAAGAUCCGGCAUCUCUAGGACACCUUCAAAAAUAUCAUAUAACACGACUUGAGAUCCAACCAAACACCAUUGGUAAAAUAUGGAGGUUAACGGAACCAAUACAACCCUUCUGCAACCGUGUUCAGAUCGAUCUCAACCGACGAAAUUCAUAGUCGUCAUUCAAAUCGUUGUUUACUCCGUUUUGUUGGCGUUCUCGUUUCUGGGAAACUCGCUGGUCAUGCUCGUAGUGAGUAGAACUAAUGAAAUAAGAGCAACUGUUAAUUUUUUCAUUUUCAACAUGGCCGUGUCGGAUCUGAUUUUUACCAUCGUUAUCACCCCGAGGGAAAUUACCGCCGUUGUGUCGGAUAUUAACAGGCCUUGGUUCCUUAGUGGCUUUAUUGGAAGCGCAACUUGUAAGUUAUGUUACUUUAUUCAGGACGUUUGCACUGCAGUGUCUAUGUUAACACUAGUGGCCAUAGCCACUGAUCGUUACUACGCCAUUGUCUUUCCCAUGAGAUCGGGUGUUAUCACUCCAAAAAUACGAAAGGUGAUGGUCAUUUCAAUAUGGAUUAUAGCAAUGGGAUUCAAUUUCCCUAAUUUCUAUGCGUUUAGUGUCAGAAGAUCCGAUAAAAAUAAGAACCUCGACGAAUGCGUUUUCGUGUGGGAUCAAAAGCAAGGACUCGCCUAUUUCUUGACAAGUUCUGCUUUUCUCUUCAUCCUACCCCUUAUGACAAUGAUAGUCAUUUAUUCCAUUAUUCUGGUUACUAUCAGAAGGCGAAAAAUACCCGGAAGUCUAGAAAGCUCGAGAGCGCGGCGACAUAAAGAAAGACGCAACCGUCGCGUGCUCAAAAUGGUUUUAGCAGUGCUGUUGGCAUUCCUGGUAUGUUGGCUACCAGUGAAUAUAUAUAUCUAUAUGAACUACUUUGGCUUGCACCAGCAAUCUACGUGCAACGGGAAAGACACCGUUCUCGUAGUCACACUUUUUCUUGCCUAUACUAAUGCAGCCAUAAACCCGUUCAUCUAUUUCGCUUUCAGUGAAAACUACAGACGCGCUGCAGUAAACAUCAUCAAGUUUAAAAGUAAGCGACAGCAAGCGAGACGAGAAAACACUUCGCUGUUAGCCAGGGCGUCUUCAGUACCAGCAUCCGUCAUUAAAAACCGAGCUCUCAAACUCCAUCUUGAGUUAAACGAAAUGACAGCUUUGGAAGAAGUGCAUAAUGGAGAGAGAUCAGAGUAAAGUAAUCCAGCCCUCGAGUGAGCCUAGACAAUCCAUUAAGACUAGCUACAUGCAAUACUACUAUCUGUAUUGACCAACUGUGCCUAUAUCACCGUUAAACGACGAGACAGGGAUAUAAAUCAUAAAAAAUAUGAUAUAUGAAUAUCUAUCUGUACAUUAUUUGAUUCCGUGAAUUUUUCAUGUACGUUUUGGUCAGUUUUAAGCAAUUCAGUGAUCUAUUAGUGCGAACCGCUUCUUAAUCUACAAAUAAUCAUCUUUGAGGGUAUUAGCGCUUUUAUGAAGACUAGURUAGGUAUAAUUGAUCACGAAAAAUAUCGUGUUGUUUUGAACUUUAGCGAAGUUCUCAUAUGGAAUUGAAUAGCUGUUAUAAUUAUUUGCGCGCCGCUUUGGCAGCAAUUAACACGGCGAUUUCCUGAUAAAUUAGUGUUUAAGGAAUGAAAAAUGAAGAAAUUUGGUAAACUUUCAUGGAAUAUUAAAUUAUAAUAACAUUUAAUUAGAUAUGAUCCAUUUAGGUAAGAAUAAAACCAUUAAAAACCGGAAUAUAGCGAAAAACAUUUUGGUUGUGUAGAAACGGGGAUCGACCCGAAAACUUUCAAUCGAAAAAAAAAAGAGGAUUAAUCUUAAAAUUUGCAAUUAUGAAGUACUUCGGCUUCCAUUCUUCCCCUGGGAACUAAAUAUCGCUAUUAUUUUAUCUUAAGCAUAAGAAAUAUUAAGACAGAUUCAUUUGUUUAUUUGAACGGAUUCAAACAAUUUAAUUUCGUAUGUUUAAGCUAGCGUAUUAGUGGCGGAUCACUGAUAUUUCUAGAGCUUUUUAAACGGUGACCUCUAUUAAUGGAGUUUUAGACGAUCCAUACUUUCCCGUCUGGAAAGAACUGAUUUCUUUUCCUAAGAAAUUUAAUCGAUAAAAAAAGAUAAUUAGUAGAAGAAAGGUACACAAAUGAGAACGGUGUAAAAUGACGUACAAUUGACAGGCUUGAAGUUGGAGGGUUGGAGCUGAAGUGAUUGUACAAAGAAAAAUACACAGAGCGAGAGAAAAAAAAAUGAUAUGCAAUCCAAAUAAAACGUUCGCCUUAUCAACUAAA